UGCUGGAGCAGAGAGGGAAGCCCGCUUCAGACAUGCCUCCCUCCCUCUCUCCUCUCUAACUGGAGUCUCCACUUCCGACUUGUUGCUUCCUGCCGCCUACUGGUGUUCUUGGGGUGCGCGCUGCUCACUUCUGCUGAACUUGUUUCUCACGCUGUCACUCAUGUUCCGAAUCCGAACUUACAUGUGGUGUCAGGGGAAGAAACAUUCAAACCUGUGAAGAAUUUUUAAUCCUUUAACUUUGGAGUCAGUGAAACAACUAAUUGCAGAGGGCAAUAAAGAAGAACUACAGAAAUGUUUCGGGGCUCGCAUGGAGUUCGGGACAGCUGGCCUCCGAGCCGCUAUGGGAGCAGGAUUCGCUCGUAUGAACGACUUGACCAUCAUCCAGACUACACAGGGAUUUUGCAGAUACCUGGAAAAACAAUUCAGUGACCUUAAGCAAAGAGGUGUCGUGAUCAGCUUUGAUGCUCGAGCUCACCCAGCAAGUGGAAGCAGCAGCAAAAGAUUUGCCCGCCUUGCUGCAACCACGUUUAUCACUCAGGGGAUUCCUGUGUACCUGUUUUCUGAUAUAACCCCAACCCCUUUUGUGCCCUACACAGUGCUGCAUUUGAAACUUUGUGCUGGCAUCAUGAUAACUGCCUCCCACAACCCGAAGCAAGACGAUGGUUAUAAGGUCUACUGGGCUAACGGAGCUCAGAUCACCCACCCGCACGACAAAGGGAUUUCUCAGGCUAUUGAAGAGAACCUGGAGCCGUGGCCCCAAGCUUGGGAUGAUUCCUUACUUAACGGCAGUCCGCUCCUUCACGACCCAAGUGCUUCCAUCAGUAAGGACUACUAUGAAGACCUUAGAAAGUACUGUUUUCACAGGAGUGUGAACAAGGAGACCAAGCUGAAGUUUGUGCACACCUCCGUCCAUGGUGUGGGCCACCGCUUCGUGCAGUCGGCUUUCCGGGCUUUUGACUUUGUUCCUCCCGAGGCUGUUCCCGAACAGAAGGACCCCGAUCCUGAGUUCCCAACAGUGAAAUACCCGAAUCCUGAAGAGGGUGAAGGUGUCUUGACUUUAUCUUUCGCUUUGGCUGACAAAAUCAAGGCCAAAGUCAUUUUAGCAAAUGACCCAGAUGCUGAUAGACUUGCUGUAGCAGAAAAGCAAGACAGUGGCGAAUGGAGAGUGUUUUCUGGCAACGAGUUGGGGGCCCUCUUGGGCUGGUGGCUCUUUACCUGUUGGAAAGAAAAGAACCAAGAUCCCAAUGCCCUCAAGGACACGUACAUGCUGUCCAGCACCGUCUCCUCCAAAAUCUUGCGGGCCAUUGCCUUAAAGGAGGGUUUUCACUUUGAGGAAACAUUAACUGGCUUUAAAUGGAUGGGAAACCGAGCCAAGCAGCUAUUAGACCAGGGGAAAAAUGUCUUAUUUGCAUUUGAAGAAGCUAUUGGAUAUAUGUGCUGCCCUUUUGUUCUGGACAAAGAUGGAGUCAGUGCCGCUGUCAUAAGCGCAGAGCUGGCUAGCUUUCUUGCAACCAAAAAUUUGUCUCUGUCUCAGCAGCUAAAGGCCAUCUAUGUUGAGUAUGGCUACCAUAUUACCAAAGCUUCAUAUUUUAUCUGCCAUGAUCAAGGAACCAUUAAGAAAUUAUUUGAGAACCUUAGAAACUAUGAUGGGAAGAAUAAUUAUCCAAAAACUUGUGGCAGAUUUGAGAUUUCUGGCAUUAGAGACCUUACCACUGGCUAUGAUGAUGGCCAGCCUGACAAAAAAGCGGUUCUGCCUACUAGUAAAAGCAGUCAAAUGAUCACCUUUACCUUUGCGAAUGGAUGCGUGGCCACCAUGCGGACCAGUGGGACAGAGCCCAAAAUCAAGUACUACGCGGAACUGUGUGCCCCACCUGGAAACAGUGAUCCUGAGCAGCUGAAGAAAGAACUAAAUGAACUAGUUACUGCUAUUGAAGAACAUUUUUUCCAGCCACAAAAAUAUAACCUGCAGGCAAAAGCAGAGUGAAAUAUUCCAGCCUUGGGCACAAUUGCAUUUACCUACAUUAAGCUGAACUUGAUUUCUUUAUUCUUUUUUUAAAAUAAAUCUUUAUUGUUCAGAUUA